CCGGCUCCUCCUCUGGCCGCCCCGUCACGGUCCCAGGGGUGACACUACCUGCCCAACCUGCGCUGCGACACCCAGUCCCACCCCUUGAGUCAACCGGCCGUGCUGCACCGCCAACCCCGGCUGGCCUUGCCGUCGCUCCCCCAAACCCCCCCCCUCGAUCCCCCAGACCCCGCUGGCUCCCCCAGACCCCCCCCGCGCUCCCUGACAGAGGAAACUUUGCCCCCUCCAUCUCCUCCCUCGGCGCCUCUCGGAGCCCGGCCCGCCCUGCACCCUCUGCUCGAGGCUUUGCAGCGGGAAGGAGGAAACCGAGCGGCAGCAGCCGGGGCGACAUGGGCAGCGCCGAGGAAGAUUAUAACUUCGUCUUCAAGGUCGUCCUGAUCGGGGAGUCCGGGGUGGGCAAAACCAACCUGCUGUCCCGCUUCACCCGCAACGAGUUCAACCACGACAGUCGCACCACCAUCGGCGUGGAGUUCUCCACCCGCACCAUCCUGGUGGGAGACGCCGUGGUGAAGGCUCAGAUCUGGGACACGGCUGGGCUGGAGCGCUACCGCGCCAUCACCUCUGCGUAUUACCGGGGGGCUGUGGGUGCCCUGGUCGUCUUUGACAUCACCAAGCACCAGACGUACGAUGUGGUGGACCGCUGGCUGAAGGAGCUGUAUGACCACGCCGAGGCCAGCAUCGUCGUCAUGCUGGUGGGGAACAAAACCGACCUCGCGCAGGCUCGGGAGGUGCCCAUGGAGGAGGCGAAAAUGUUUGCAGACAACAACGGGCUGCUGUUUGUCGAGACCUCAGCACUGGAUUCCACCAACGUCGAGCAGGCGUUUGAGACCAUCCUGAAGGAGAUCUUCCACAAAGUGCAGAAACAGAAGCAGAAGAGCAGCCAAAGCAACACGGUGUCGCUUGCCAGCGAGAGCCCGGAGAGCACGGCCCCGGCGCAGACGGAGAAGCGCCCAUGCUGCGUGGCCCUCUGAGCUGGCCAGGCACCCUGGGAAGCCCCCCAGGGACCCCCCCCCCCACAGUCCCAGGACUCGCCAGUGGCACAGAGCUGGGUCUGCCACCAUGCAGACUCAUCUGGCCACCGGCGCAGGCUGGUGUCACCCAGUCUGCAAUGUCACCCAGUCUGCGGUGCCACCCCCCGUCCUGGCGCAGUGGGGACCAGCAGCCCGGACAGUGGCCAAAUUCUGCCAUAAACGGUGAGAAGCACCGGCGCUGGGAGCUCUUCUCUAUCUGCUUCAUUUAUGCCGGGCCCUGAUUAGCAUCACCGCCUUCACGCAAGGACCUCCCAGCCCCUCCAGCCCCGCGGUGCAGAGGACGGAGAUACCCCCGAGGCACGGCUGGGGAAGGAGCCAGGAGGUUCUGGCCGGGACCGUGCUGACAACAGGACCCUCUCCGUUGGAAUCUGGCCCUGGGGUUGCUCCCGUGGGACCACCCUGUGCCACGCAUUGGGGCUGGGGCUGUCCCCGCAGGCCUCUGUCCCCACUGGGGCCAGCUCUGGGGUUGUCCCAAGCCCUAAGGAACAAAGUGGCAGCGCUCGGCCCUUGGCACACCUCCGACCCCAUCCCAGGCGUGGGACAAGCAAAGGUCCCUCCUGUCUGCACGGUGGGACGGGGUUUGGUGCAGAUCCCGGUGCCAAGGGGCCCCGGGAGCAGCUCCGUGUCCAGUGCAACGGUGACACAAUCAUUAAAGGACUUGCAAAACGCA